CUGUCCUUUAAUUGAUGCCGUGCCCCUCACCUUGUAAUCGAUGCUGUGUCGGGACUCGAGAAGGUGACGUGUUCCGACUAAGCCUUCCACUUUCUCAUGCGCACGUUACCCCACUCCCCCCAUUCCAAUCAACCCCACCCCCCUCCUAAUUAAACUCCAGAGAGAGGAUGGACGGAGAAAACCAGGAUCCCAGUAUCUAACAUUCCAAAACAAGGGGAUAGCAUAAUUAAUCCAGAGUUAUGGAUUAAUGCAUUAUUUAUGCUAGCCAGUGAUAGCAUAUGGAAACAGGGAGAGCGAGCGUGAGAGAGAGAAAAAGGUCAGGGAAUGACUGGAUAAGUACGAUUGACCUUUCUCUUUUUUUUUUUUGGCCCUCCGAUGAAGGUUGGAUCUGGAGAGAGAGAGAGGGAUGGCUUCUGGUUAUAAGCCACAGCAGGAGUAGCGGCGGCCUGGCCGAGAGGAGAUACCCUCUGCUUGCCAUAAGCAGUGGAGUCAGAAAUCAGGGAGAGAUAAAGAUCACGGCCACAGCCUUCAGAGGUUUACUUCUGAAAGAAAGCUGAGACACAAAGGUCUUCAAACUCCAGAUCCAGCGGUUCAAAAAAUUGGUGCAUCUCUUCAGUUUUGAAGUUUGGGAGAUCCGGUAAAGAGUGAGGAGGGCUGGUCGACUGGUUUUGAUCCUUCCAAGAAAAGAGAAGAAACCUAAGGGAAGCUCAAAUAUUGGAAUUAAGUAGAGAGAAGUGAAAUGAUACGCUAGCUCGUACUUGGAUCUAUAAGUACUCUUUAGUUUCUUCCAUGAAGAAAUACCAGCUAUAUAUAGCUGGAAAGCAAGGAAUAGAGAAGAAUUGUGAUCUAUAUCACAGGGUAGAAAAAUAAACUGAUGAAAGAAUAGCAGAAGCGGCAAGCUAUAACCUAGAGAGCAGAAGGCUAGCUAGCUAGUAUAGUUUUCCUUGCUUUUGUUGUUGUUCUCUUUAAUUUUUGUCUGCUCAAAGAAGGAAAGCUGGCGAACCGGUGGUGGGCAGGCAGCGUGAGCAUGGGAGGUGUCGACCCGGUGGUCACCUCCACGACCUCGGCCUCUCCUCUCCAUCUCCGCAACCCCACCAAUUCCCACCUCAGUCCUCACCGCCCUGACCAAGACCCUAACCCUACCAUCACCAACAGCAGCGGCAGCAACAACCACCUCAACAACGACGACGACGCCAAUGCCGAUGACCACUCCCCUGCCGGUGGUCUCGAUGUCGUCGAGGCCGGAUCCAGCGGCGGCAGCGCCCCUGGCCGUCGCCCACGCGGCCGCCCACCCGGAUCGAAGAACAAGCCGAAGCCACCUAUCAUUAUCACCAGGGAGAGUCCCAACGCCCUCCGCUCCCACGUCCUCGAGAUCGCUAGCGGGACCGACAUCAUGGACGCCAUCGCCGUGUUUGCUCGCCGGCGGCAGCGGGGUAUCUCCAUUCUCAGCGGCAGCGGCGUGGUCACGAACGUAACUCUCCGCCAGCCAGCGGCGCCGCCCGGCGCCGUCGUCACCCUCCACGGCCGCUUCGAGAUCCUCUCCCUAUCCGGGGCCUUCCUCCCUGCUCCCUCCCCGCCGGGUGCCACCGGGCUGACCGUCUACCUUGCCGGCGGGCAGGGACAGGUGGUGGGGGGGAGUGUUGUGGGGGAGCUAGUCGCGUCGGGACAGGUGAUGGUGAUUGCAGCCACGUUCACCAACGCCAUAUACGAGCGGCUGCCGCUCGGCGACGAGGAGGCCGAAGCGACGGCGCCACCGGGGGGAGGGGAAGGGAUGGCGGCUUUGCAGCAGAGCCCGCCGGGAGGGAACGGAUCGGCGUCGCAGCAGACAUCUCAUGUAGGGUCGGCAGCGGUUGACCCGUCGUUGAUGCCGCCCCUGUAUAACCUGCCACCCAAUCUGCUGCCGAACGGCCAAAUGACGCACGAGGUGUUCGGCGCUUGGGCUCCUCGUCCUCCACCGUCCUACUAAUGCAAGUCCCUCCUCUCUCUCUCUCUACUUCUAUAUAUAAUUUGCCAGAAAAGGAAAAAAAAAUAUUUAUGCUUCUAUGUUUUCCUUCUAUUAUUAAUGUUAUCAUCAUCACAGGUUCGGUUUGUUUGUUUAAAUGCUUGUGUUGAUGUCAUUGCUUUCGCUAUUUUGUAAACAGUACAUGUAUUACUGUAGAAUUAGACUGUUCCAAUGUCACCUUUAUUGUCUUUGUACAAGUUUCAAUUGAAUGUGUUGUUCUUUGCUUCUUCUUCUUCUUUAGUUAUUCUGCUCUUUAAUUCUAUACAUCAUAUCUGACUAUCUUUAUAUAUAUUUGUUAUUAUUAUAUAUUUCAUUUAGUUUUCUUCGAUGGGUUUCAUAGCUAGACCAGGAGAAGUUGGUUUUAUAAUUUAUUUUCUUUCCUUUCUUUUUUCAAUUUUAAAAAGUCAGUUUUGUGGUCUUGGCGGAGAAAACCGAUACAAGAGAGGAGAGAUGACGAGGCCAUUGGGUUCAUCUCCGUGGAGCUUUAAUGGUGGGGUUGAGAUUUUGAGGAACUAAGGAACUUGAGUUUGGAUAGGCAUGGAGGCUGGGAUGGGACUUUGAUGAUUGGUGUCUGAUUAGGCCUGGGGAAGCCCAUCUAUAGCUUGGUUUUGACAACCACUUGGAGUCUUUUGCAUGUCUUAUGCUGUGUUUGUGUAUGAAUUGACUGGCGAGUCUUAUAUGCCCCCUUUCUCAAGAAAACAUGGUGGCCACAAGAAACCUUCCGCAAAAUAUAUAACCAUAUGGAGACCCAUCAACCAUUUUAUUAAGUAAAUGAAUAGGAACAGAUGCUUCUUUUCUCAGUGAAUGAGUGCAAGUGUUAACAUGUGGUGUAACUUGUCAGGACCCAAUUUUUUUUUGGAGUUUGGUUGGUUACUGUGUCAGUGUGGCAUCUGUUUCUUGCUCAUUUCUUUUAUUCGAGUGAGGUAGUUUGGUUACUGUAACAAAAGGCGAAACAUAAAGCUGAGAUAUGCCUGGAAAAGACCUAACGCGACUCCAGUCAAUUGUGUCUCCGGCAAUUUAAUUCUAUCUUGAUGCAAGUAGGCGUGAUUCUUUCUUGUUCACAUACUGUUGUACUGCAGCCUACUUACUGCAUGUUUUUCAUAUAUUUGGUAUCCAGUGGCCUUAUUAAUUCUUGUUUGUUCGCAUCCAUAAUUUUGUUUGUUCACAUUCACAUGCAAUUGCUUGCUUCUUUCUUACUGUUUAGCAUUCUAUAUUUGCGUGCAUAUGUAUAGACUCUGCUUUUGUAACGCAUUCAAACUUCUUUAUGCAUGCACUGACUUUGUCCAGUGCCGGUCUUGGCUGAUUUUGUGAAAGCUUGAUAGUAAAUGCCACCCAAUUUUUUUUAUAAAAAAGUUAAUGUAUAUGUACCUAAUUCAAGUUUUUAAGAACAUUUUCGUUUCAAUCAUGGACUUCUUUGUCUUGUUACACCAAAAAGAUGCAUCAAUCUAGUAAAUAGUUUGCAGAUUUAUUGGCUUUCUUCAGAGUAUCAGUCGCUCAGCUUAGUUCAUUGUACUUAAAAUCCAUCAAAACCAUAUAGGUAGGUCAUUAGGCCAGAUAUUCUUAUUCUGGCUUGUUAGCCCUUUACCUGCUUGCUUCAUUCAUGUGUGCCUACUUUCAAAUAUUUGGAACAAUUUAAGGUACUCAUGUAUUGUUGGCGGAAUUUGUUACUAACAAAAUACUUCUUCAUGGUUUAUACUUCAUAAAUGCUAAGAAAAAAAAUAAUAAAGCACACUUCACCAAGAGUAAGAUUUGACUUCACCAAUGCAUGAGCAUGUCAUGCACCGUGGUUUGUGUUAGUUUAAAUGGACUACUUUCCAUUUGAUUUUCUUUUUGGUUCAGAAUAUUGGCCAUCCUCAUCUUCAUACAUAUUACUUCAAAUUUAUUGAACGAUAGACUGGUAAAACGUUUGCAACUUUUAUCCAUGGCAUUUGAAAUUGGUUGUUUCAUGUUAGUGCCAUGGUCAACUGUUCAACAUCACAAAUGGAAUGUGUUUAGCAUUCUAUCUACGAGGCCCAAAGUAUUAUUUAAGGACCAUAUCCUUCCCUUGCACGGCCAAUGCGGGACAUGCGAAAUGGUAGACGUGAGGUGGAAUAGUCUCCAGGAGGCAAUGGCAAGGGAAUACACCAGGCACUAUCUUAGGAUUUCCGUCCAAAUGCUUGACUUGAUAGGAGGAAGGGCCCAAGAGUAUUUAGUCUGUAUGCUUCCCUUUGAACAGUCCAUGUGGAACUGUCAUAAAUGCAAUCCAGAAAUCAUUGUUUGUAAAAAUUUGGUCAUCUAUGGCUGAAAUAUCAGAUGGUUCUUGGAUUUUGAUUUGGUA